AUGGUUUCCUUCACCAACUUGCUGACUGCCGGUCUCGUGGCAUCUGCUGCUCUGGCCGCGCCGCAUAGCCACGCUGCCGCGCAUAAGAAGCGCAGCAGCACCAAGCGUGGUGCUGCCUACAACGACAUCACUACCGUGACUUCCUUGUCCAGCGUCACAUGGGCCUACAACUGGGGCAUGACCAACUGGGGUCUGGACCUCCCCAAAGGAGUCGAGUAUGUGCCCAUGCUGUGGGGUUCCAAGGACUUCGGCGGUUGGUUGACUGCCGUCGAGACUCUUCUUAACAGUGGCACCAACUACAUCCUGGGCUUCAACGAGCCUGAUAACUCUGGUCAGUCUUCGAUGACCCCCUCUGAGGCUGCCAGUAACUACCUGGCCUACAUCACUCCGUUUAAGGGCCAGGCUAAGCUGAUCUCGCCUGCCGUCACCUCAUCCACCAACGAUGGCGAGGGUCUGAGCUGGUUCGGCGAGUUCAUAGCCGAUUGCAGCUCGUGUGGCAUCACCGGUCUCGCUGUGCACUGGUACGGUGAUAGCGCUGAUCAGUUGAUCUCUUUCGUUAAAAAAGCUGUCAAGGCUGCUGCCGAGUACGGCCUUGAAGAAGUCUGGCUCACCGAGUUUGCUCUCAACGCUGACGUUAACGGUAUCGCCGAUACGUCUGUCACCCAGGCUUUCCUCAACGAGGUCGUUCCUUUCCUUGAAAGUACUGACGGAAUCACUCGCUACUCGUACUUCAUGUGCGCUGAUAACUACUUGUUGACCAACGGCGCUCUCAACGCUGUCGGAACCACAUACCUUUCUUAA